CUUUUCCCAACGGCCACACUUUCAUCAGUUCCCCUUUCCACGGCGCCGCCGGAAUCCCCACAAAGCCCCCAAAACCCUACGGCCACCUCGCCACCCCCAACGAAAACCCAGACCACGAGAUGGCCCCCGGUGGAGAGGGCAAGCCAAGCACGGGCGGCGGCGGCGGCGGCGUCAAGGGUGGGAGGAAGCGCAAGUUCCUUCCCCACGGGAAGCCGGUGCGGAAGGGGGCCUACCCGCUGCGCCCCGGCGUGCAGGGCUUCUUCAUCACCUGCGACGGCGGCCGCGAGCACCAGGCCACCCGCGAGGCGCUCUCCCUCCUCGACUCCUUCUAUGAAGACCUGGUGGAUGGGAAAGGAUCGGAUGAGAAGCCUAAAAACAUUCCAGACAAGCCACUGAACAAAAAGAUAAAGUUUGAGGACUCUGAUUCCUCAGAUGAUGAGGAUGAAGACAACUCUGGUGAGGAAGCCGACAAUGGGAAUGUGAAUGAUGUGGAGAAAGGUGAAACCGCUCCAUCUGAGAAGCAACAGGAGGUGCUUGAUACCUCUAAUACCGCAAGCAAGGACAAUACUGCUCUAUCUGAGAAGAAAGAGGAGGUGCUUGAUACCUCUGAUACCGUGAGUAAGGACAAUGAGGAACAAGCAGUCACUGCUGAUGAACCAAGAGAAAAGAAGCAACGAGUGGAAGAUCCUCCAGUUUUUGAGCAGGCCGUGCAAAAAGAGACUGCUGAUGAACCAAAGGAGUCCACUGAUAAACCAAAGGAGUCCAGUGAAAAAAAUAUUGACGAUUUAAUUGAUGAGGACCUGAAAGAAAUAGGGGACAGGAAAAAGAGGCUCUUUGCAAGCCUCGAGACAGGCUGCAAUGGAUGCAUAUUCAUUCAAAUGCAUAAAAGAGCAGGAGACCCUGGUCCAGUUGAGAUUGUACAAAACAUGAUGUCAUCUGCUGCAUUGACUCGUAAACAUAUGUCAAGAUUUAUUCUGCGAGUUUUGCCUGUUGAGGUGGCAUGCUAUGCAUCUGAAGAGGAAAUAACAAAGGCAAUUAGUCCCCUUAUUGAAAAGUACUUCCCAAAAGAAUGCUCCUCAGGUCAUAAGUUUGCAGUGUUAUAUGAAGCAAGGUCAAACACAGGAAUUGAUAGAAUGAAAAUCAUAAACGCAGCAGCGAAAUCUGUACCACAACCUCAUAAAGUUGACCUGAAGAACCCAGACAAGACUAUUGUUGUCCAGAUUGCAAAGACCAUAUGCAUGAUUGGAGUUGUGGAAAGGUACAAAGAGCUCUCGAAGUUCAACCUAAGGCAGCUGACCUCACCGGAGUCGGAGAAGUAAGCCUAUGAGUGACAAAAUCUUCCAGGCAAAACGUGGACCAACUUAAAUCAGCAGCAGCGUCAGGUGGUUAGGCGCUAGCGAAUUAAAUUAAGGCCGGCCGAACCUCACUGUCUUGAAAGAUUCAGAUGUUCUAAUGUUUAAUGCUUUACCACCAGUGGUUAGUGGUUGCUGGUUCAUGCUUCCCAGGUUAGAGUCACGAUUUUUUUUUUUGAGGCUGUAGAAAGAUCUGACGAUACUUCAUGUGUGCUUUCUCUCUGACGAUGGUUCCAUACAGGGGCUUACCAAAGACGUAGAAUCUAUCGUUGCAGCUCCA